UGUAUUACCUGUGCUAAAACUACAAAGAGAAAAUGUAACUUUUAAAAGACUGCCUUGAGAAAUUAACAUUUAGAAUUGUACAUUUCUUGUGUCAUUAUGAGGAAGUGAAAUAAACAUGACAACUUGUUUUCUUUACAGUUUUGUGGAAGUGUAUAGAUUUUAAAAUGUAGUUUUUUGCGGAUUUUUGUGUUUUUCACAGAUUUUUUUGGAUGACAUAUGUAGUUUUAUCUCAACAUAUUGUGAUAUUUUCAGAUCUUUUGGAUUUAAAGAAGAAUUGCUGAAGAGGAUUAUGAUUGGAUAUAAUUUUACCAAAGACAGAUAACUCAUUCUUCAGCAUUAUUUUCGACAUCUUUACCUUUGUUUGUUAUUGGAUUAUGAGAAAUGCUUAUAUACGAUAAAGAUGAAGAUAUCUUAACAAUGGAAGAUUUGGAAGAGGAAACCAUGAUACAAGAAAACACAAAGGGAGAAAACUCUCAAUUCACAGAUUCUGCUGACAAGGUGCCACCUGACCAUGCUUUGCAGGAAGAAGCUGAUUCACUACGUCAGCAAUUGACAGAUGCUAAGAUGAUGGUUCAGAAGUUGCAGUCUAGUCUGGUUUUACAGCAGGCCAAGAGCAAUUCAUUAAAUUCGUCAUUACAGAUGCAGCUGAAGCGAAAUCAGGAGACAUUAAAAAAUGAAAGAAUCUUUGCUGAUCGUCGGUUAGGGGAAGUGCUCGCACAUUUACUUUUCUUAGAAGGACAGUUGAAAAAGGAACAAAAAAAUGUGAAAACAGUUAUGAAACAGAAAGAUGAUAUUAUUAAAUCUCAACAAGAACAGAUUAACUUAUUGACUCAAACAAAUGAACGUUUAGUGCAAGCUGUCCGAGAAGCCUAUGCACGCAAGGGAAAAAAUGGCACUGUCAUGGGCUCUUUUGAUAGUUGUAGUAGUGAAAGUUUAAAGGAAAAUAAGGGAAAAGACAAAAGCUCUAAGACUCCACAAAAAGGGAGGUUUGAAAGUAUGAAAGACAGAUUAUGGCAUCAUAAAAGUGCAUUGGAUUUAACAGAACCAGAAUCUAAUAUGAAAAAACUUAGAAAUCGUAUGUUCAGUAGUCAUGAAAAUUUAUCUGGAUUACACAAAAAAGAAUUUAAUCAGAAUCGUGACAAAAAAUGUCGCAGUAUUGCUGGUUAUCCAGAAUGUUCUGACUUUUUCCCAGAAAUCCCAGAAGGAAUAGAAUCGAAGGGAGAUAAUUCCAUUUCUGAACAGGAUAAUCAAUCAUUAUAUGAAAAUGAUUUAAGUGGAAGUGGUGAAGAUAGUCCGAAAUUUAAUGAUGUACCAUUCCAAAGUUAUACUGACAAUAGUGGACAUCACAUGACUUCUGUUGGCUCCAUGCCGAUUCUUUCACAAAGGGAUACAAAUAAAGAUCAUUCCUUUGCAAAAGAAAGACCUCAUUCUAUGUCUGCUAUGGAAUACAUAUCGCCUGCAAAAACUGAGUCUUUGUCUCCGCCACCACAGAAAUCACCUCAGACACCAACUUCAGAGUCAAAUCCAUUUAAGAACUUGAAAACUAUAUUGAAAAGAAAAGGAAGUAAAUCGAAAAAUAAAAAAAGAAAUGUGUCAAUAUCCCAGUCACCUGCACAGGAAGUCAGUGUAAAGAAACACUUUGAAAGAUACGACAUGUCCUGAUAUAUAUAUGUAUAGGAUGUAUAAGUCGAUAGAUAUUUAAUUGUAUUGUCAUGAUGAAUAUUCAAAAUGCAUAUGAAAUUGUCAGUUGAAGAAAUCUCUGUCUCUGUGAUAAUUUUGUCACUUUUUAGCUCACCUGGCUAAAAGGACCAAAUGAGCUUUUCUCAUCACUUUGCAUCCGCCAUCAUCGUCAUUGUCUGUUAAAAUGUUCUGAAACUACUUGGCCAAAUUUAACCAAACUUGGCCAUAAUCAUCAUUGGGUAUCUAGUUAAAAAUGUGUCUGAUGGCCCACAUGGCUAAAAAUAGAACAUAAGGGUAAAAUGCAAGUUUUGUCUAUUAUUUUGAAAACCGCCAUAAAUAGAGAAAAUCUGACAAGGGCAAAAAUUUUCAAAAAUUUUCAAAAUGUUCAAAAUAUUAAACUCUAUCUAUUGUCUGUUUCAGUCAAAACUGUCUGACGACAUCUUAUGAAAGUUAAUGCCCUUUAAUGACGAAUUUUAUCUUUCUUUUUUUUUCAUUUUUGCCUAGUAUCUUGAUAGAUAGAGAGACACUUUAAUAGUUAAAAUGAUCAGCAAGACAAGAUCUACAAAUAAGUCAACAUGGCCUAAAUCGUCAGACAACUCCUCAUUAUAGUUAUUGCCCUUUAAUGGCAAAUUUUACCAAUUUUUGGCGUUUUUGCUUUAUAUUAUAAAAACUACAAUAGAUAAAAAGAAAAUUGAAAAUUAAAAAUGAUCAGCAAGACACGAUCUACAAACAAGUCAACAUGGCUGAAUUGUUAAUGGAGUUAUUGCUCUUUAAUGACCUUUUUUAGUGAUUUUUGCCUAUUAUCUUUAAAACUAUGAUAGAUAGAGAGACACUAAGAUCUGCAAAUAAGUCAACUGAAAUUGUCAGUCUACUCAUUAUUGGAGCUCUUGCUCUUUAAUGUCAACUUUUACCAAUUUUUUGAGUUUUUGCCUAUUUUCUUGAAAACUACAAUAGAUAGAUGGACACUUUUAAUAGCAAAAAUGAGCAGCAAGACAAGAUCUACAAAUAAGUCAACAUGGUUGAAAUCGUUAGUGGACUCGUUAUUGGAGUUCUUGCUCUUUAAUGACGAUAUUUACCAAUUUUUGGCGUUUUUGCAUGUUAUCUUGAAAACUAAAAGAUAGAUAAAAACUUUAAAUAACAAAAAUUAUCAACAAGACAAGAUCCACAAGCAAGUCAAAUUUUGCCAAAAAAAGUAGACUCUAUAUUGGAGUGAUUGAUUUUAAAUGACAAUUUUUUACCCACUUUUGUGGUAUGGGCAAAAACUAAAGAAGAUAGAGAAAAACUGUUAACAGCAAAAAUGGUCAGUAAUACAAGAUCAACAAAAAAGAGAUUUUUGUAAUGAAUUCUAUUCUAGUCUACAAUGUUGGAGAGAGUCCAUUGUUGAAGAUGCAUAUAGACCUAGGUGAGCGACACAGGCUCCUUAGAGCUUCUAGCUUGUAGAAAUUUUCAAUUGCAACAGAAAUGGUGCUUUUUAUGUAUUUUUGUUAGAGUUUCUGUAUUAGAAUUUAGAAGCAUAGAUGAUAUAUCUAUAAUACGAGACAUUGUCUAUGAUGUUUGAUUAUGAUUUUUGCAAGUAGAAAUUCCCUUUAUUAUGUUGUACUUUGAUAGUACGACAGUGAAAGUUGGUUCACAAUGAUCAGGAUUUUUUGGUUUAUAUGUCAAAUGCCUACUUGACUGGUAAAACUUUUAGUAACAGUACAUUAUUGAUGUCUACAUAUUACUUGCAUCAAAUACUUAAAUAAACAUAUGUCAUGCUUUAAACCAAAAAUAAUUCUUAAACAUACAUAAUAUCAUUAAAAUUAGUGCAAGAUGUCAAACAUUGAAAACUGGUGAUGAUUCCAAGUGCUUUCUAAUUUGCUAAAAGUGGUGUAUUUAGUCUAUAGUAAUAUCUGACAUCAAAAUCUGAAUCCAAUGACCAACAAUAUUGUAGUUUUGGUUUUUGUCAUAAUGAUGAGGGUUUUAAAAAAAGCAUGUAUGCUUAACAAAAAUAUCAGCAAAUGGACCCCCAAAGUUUUCUUUGGCAAUAGAUUGUUUACUGCUUCAAGAACGUUAUAUCAAAAUUACAAGGAAAAAAUCAAGAGCAGUUUUUCCUUAUAUGUAUGCAUUUUAGUGGCAAGUAAAUUGUCUACAGCUUCCUUUUACCAAUAAUUAUAUGAUUUCACAAAAAUCUAUCGCAUUCAACCUCCAUUUUGGUACAUAUAGUUAAAAGGCCCAUAUAACUAAGGAACACUUUCUCCAAAAACGGGUAAAAAUAUCACUUUCUAUUUGAAGGUUUUAUUUUUUUCGAAAAAUAACACUUGAAACAUUAAAUUUUGUGUAUUUGCCUCAAAUGUUUGAAAAUCAAAGAGAAAAAGAUGUAUUUUCUUAGAAUACUUUAAAUAUCAACAUCGACUAUCUCAAAAUUUCAAGGAAAAAACAAUAGAUCUCUCCUCUAUAGCAUGCCCUUCUUGUCCUCAAAUUGACAUGAAAAACCUUAUAUAAUUAAAACGGUUAUCAUAAAUGUAGGUCAUUACUACCUUCUAUCAGAUCUCUGCUUCUAUUUGCUUGCACCAUGUAUAUAUAUUAGGGUUACUUAGAAUCUGAGAUAGAUAUUUGGCCAAAUUACUUAAUUCAUUGGUAAACAUGGAAAAGAAGUUUAAAACUUAAUCAAAUCUGUUAACUUAAAACUUGAAAUAUGGAUUGUGUGGCUUUCAUCAUAUUGCACAAUGUGAAGUUUCUCAAAGAUGCAUCUCCUCACCUAAUUACAUCGAUGUAGGUCUUUUAUUUUUUUAGGAACUCAACCUGUUUAGUUAAAAAUACUAUUUCUUUCCAGUUAGCUAUAGAAAUGAUCAAGAUGCACAUCAGCAACUGUAUGCCAUUUGUCAUCUGUUGUAGUGCUUUUUUAUCUGCUUGGCAAUAAUUUGUAUACACAAUUUUACAUAAACUGUUAACUUUGAAAAUUUUUGAAUAUGUCUACACUUUUUUUUUGGGGGGGGGGGGGGGGGGGGGAGGGGAGAUGACUGUGUUUUUGGGUUACUGUCUCAAAGACAUUUACCCUACAAUUGGUUAUUCAUAUUGAAUUUUACUAAGAAAUAUUCAGCCUACAUAGAAGUGGCCAGAAAUUAAGAGAUAUUUUAUUUUAUUUUCAUACAAAUUACAAUGUAAAUACAUUUGAUCAAAUAAUUAAGGACACAAUUUAAAAAUAAAUUACCAUGUAUAUGAUAAACACUUUUCAGAUCUCUUUGGAAAAGCAGUGUUUCCCCUUUUGUUUUGCCUUUGCUCAUAUUUUAAGGAAAUUUGUACAAUUUACAACGGAAGUAUGUCCUUCAGUUUACAAGUUACACAAGUUUUUGUGGGUUUUUUUCGCAAAUUAGAUCCAUAAUAACUUUCAUUAAACUACCCAUCACAGUAUGCUGGGUUUUUUUUUAUUCAAAGAUUGGAUUUGCACAUUUGAGGUAGUUUUUGAUAAUUUUAAAGAAAAUUAAGAUUUCUGUUGACACCAUAUAAUUUCAUCCUUACAAGUUUGUAUAUGAAGGGCGAAUGUAUAUAUCCAACAAAAUGGUGAAUUAUUUGGGGAUACAAUUUAUUUGUGUAAUAAUAAACAUGUACAUGUCUAACAUAUGUUUAACAUUAUUGUUCAUUUCUCCAUUGGCAAAAUACUGAAUAAUGUCAAAGUUAAUUAUUCAAUAUAGUACUUGAUUAAACGGAUUAAUUAUGACUAUUAUAAAUGACUGGACUUCUUGAUGUGUAGCAUAGCAUGUGAAGGGAAAUUUUAAGUUCUUCUCAAUUAUAACUUGUCAUUAAAACAUGAGAAUACAUUAGGUCAUUACAGAACAUUUCCUUGAUAGUUUAAAACAACCAACAAAAUAUCUUUCUCCCACUUUUACUGAAGUCCAUAAAAUCUUAUACACUGUCAAAGGUUUUCACAAAGUAAACACACUAUGCAAUUAAAUGGCCAAUAAUCGGGGUUUCUUAAAAGUAAACACAUUAUACAAUUACAUGGCCAGACAUCAGGGUUUCUCAAAGCAAGGAAUUGUAUAUUUUAAAUAUACAAUUCCUUGCUCAAAGUAAAUACAGUAUGCAAUUACAUGGCCAAACAUCAGGGUUUCUUAAAGUAAACACAUUAUGUAAUUAGAUGGCCAAACAUCAGAUUUACUUAAAGUAAACACAUUUAUGAUCUUAGAUGACCAGAAAAAGGUUGCAAAUAAUGAAUGUUAUCCUCAGAAACCAUGAGCAGACAAGAAACACUGGAGUUUGCUGUUGAUAUACAAGAAUUUUUUGAAGUAGGAAAACUUAACUUUGUAGAACCUACUUGACAAGGCGUGUAUGUAUAUAAAUAACAUGAAUUAUUUUAAAAAAAAAUUAGAGGGUAUCAGAGAAGAUAAUAAAAAGCCUGCUAUAAUGUUAAAAUUUUAGAAAGCAUUUUGAUAUUCUUUUUUCCUUGCUUCUGUUGAAAUAAUUUUAUACAUUGUAACUUUACUUCUCUAUUCAAUACUGAAAUUAAUAUGCAAAAUAUUUAUGGAGUUUUUAUCAUUUUCUAAACUAUUUUCUUUUAUACUGAUAUAAUUUCCACUUUUCUGUCCAAGUCUUUCAUAUUAUUGUCCUAAGGGAGAUAACUGGAAUAAAUUUUAUUGUAUCUA